AUGGAGCUCGAGGAGGCGCAGGACGUCGUCUCCAUCUUCCUGCGGGAGCUGCUGGGCGGGAAGGAAUACAGCGAGGCGGAGGCUACACGCCUGCAGAUUCGACGGCCAUCGCGCCUCAAGACGCUAUUCACUAACAUUAUCGGUGUGAUAGAAGAGAGCGAGCAGAUUCGCGCGUUGGAGGCGCUCAUCAGUCUCGUACGCAGCAGCUGCGGCAAUGUGGAGGCUUGUUCCACCGCUGGGCUGCAGCGUGAGAUCCUGGGCUUCCUGAGUGAGCGAGGCUUGUUCGCCGAUCCGAGUCUUCCCCUUACAGUGCUCAAGAAACUGUUGCGGGUGUUCUUAUACCUAGCUUAUCACUCAGUUAAUAUCGACGACAUCCAGGCCAUGCUCGCGGUGUUCCGCAGUAUGCGUAUGGUGCACGAGGAGCCCGACGAUCAGGCUGUGAGCUACUACUUGUCCACACUCGAGAUGAUCGCACGGGAUUCAUUCGGACCUGCGUCUUUCUUCGAUCUUAAUGGCGAAUACUCAGGUCUUUUGAUGCCUGUGUUACCGGCUUUCCCCAACAAUGGAUACACAUUUUGCGCGUGGAUUAAGUUCGAGUUUCUGCCGGAAGAAGUCGCGCCACUGUUUACAUUUUGCGGUAAGACUGGAGUGGGUAUCAUGUGCUCGUUCCUGCGCUCGUCGCUGAUGAUUACGAGUUUUGACAAGCGAAAGAAUGAUGGACAUGUGGAAGUACCGGAUCUCGUGACGCCGGGCAGGUGGCAUUUCCUGUGUAUCACACACACGCAUCGCCAGUUCCGUGGAUCCAAGUUGGAUGUGUAUCUUAACUCGGAAUUGCGACAGAGUGUGCGGUUAGCAUACCCUAAUACAGCGCUCAUGGCUCCAGUGGUCAAGGCGUAUCUGGCUAUGCGUGAAAGCAAUGGAACUAACGCUCUGCGGAUUCUUCUUGGCCCGACAGCGCUCUUUGGACAAGCUCUGCCUGCCAGCAUCAUCAAUAAUAUUCGCAGUGUGGACGAAUACGACGCGCUAGUGUUCCAGUUCAACUCGUACAUCUCGUCUUCAUCCACAUCAUCCAGUGGUGGUGUUAAUGGCGCGUCUGGAGCGUCUGGAGGGCCCAAUGCUUCAGGAAACUCGACCGAUGGACUGCUGCUCGCCUAUGACGCACGGCACUGCGACCGGUUAAAGGGUUUGUGCUACGAUUCUAGUGGCAAUGACUACCAUGCAGCUGCAGCUAGUGCUGGUGUGAGGUUGAGGCAUGCUGGAACAUUUAAGCAAGCGGUGGCACAGUUGGGUGGCCCGCUGAUCUGUCUCCCGUUAUUAGUGACGUCUACUACUGCGGCCGUAUCGACUGUGAACACCACGACUACAGAUUCUAAUGGAAACGCAGACAACGUGUCAGAGACUUCAAUCGUUGCGAGGAACAGUUUGUCCGGAACUAGCGGAGCUCUGACGACCCAGUUCGACGAGGAUUCGGACUUUCUCAAGCAAAUGAGCGACCUGAUUGCGCGUCCGAUGGGCGUGCGCAGUAUACCGAAGGUUGUGCUGUUGAUCGCUGAGAUCAUGCGUCAUUCUCUGGUCAACAAGUUUAUCUUCCGACGCAGCCAAGGUGUACGACUCAUGGCAUUGCUGAUGCGCUCGCUGCCACCGCAGUACUUGACUUCCGACCUGCUAAUCGCCAUCGAGCGGCUGCGCAGCGCUGUGAUUUCGGAUCGAAUUUUGGCGGACGAGAUCUACAAAUUCCUGCUAUUUAACUUCCGUAUCUGGGUGAACGCGCCGGUAGAUCUCCAAGAAACCAUGUUCGACAAACUGGAAAUCAUGACUCGUAAAGACAGUAAGAAUCUGUCCCCGGCUUCAACGCGCCACUUUUUGCGCUGCCUAUCGUGGAUUUACUGGAGGAUUCCUUCUUCUAUAACACUUCGACGCGCUCGAGAUUUCUCUCCUGAAGAGAUUGAUGUCCUACGGAAGCGUGUGUUGGCAAUGAUUAAGAUUGUGCUAUGUGAGUCUCCCCCACCGAAGGUUGCUGGGUCAGUCAUGGCAUUCCCUGGAAAGGGUAAAGAAGUGAAGUCUCAGCUGUCGUACGAAAGCACACGCUCUCUUAUUUUCUGUAUGAUUGGAAAGCCAAGCAACCCGAUGAUUCCAGGAAUGAACAUCGAUGGAACGCCGGCGAUUCAAGAGGUUGGAGCAUCGAAUGGAGCAUCGUCAUCAGCAACCGUAUCAUCUUCAUCGAGCUCAAAGAGCAUGCCUGAAAGUGACCUGGAUGGUAGCGGAUCUGUCGUCGAGAACGUGCCAGAGACGGAUUUGCCCGACCUGUUGCAACUGUUGAUCGAAUUGUCAGUUCAGCCCACGGCUCCUGCUGGUAUGCUGGACCUGUUUGGUCGUCUGGGUGGUCUUCGCAUUUGGUUGCCGUUACUGGAGUUUUCGAACGACGUCAUUCGUGUCAUGACAUUGCGCUUGCUACGAACUUACCUCUACUUAAAAUGUGAGUGCUCACAAGACCGUGAGAUGGUGAACAACCCGGACAAGAUUCAGCUUUCUGUUGGCGACGCGUAUUUGAUCAUGCAUUCUUUGAAACCGGAGAAGAGACCAGUCUCUAUGGGCGUUUACUCUGAGAUUCUGCUCAUGAUUUUGGGUAUUCAAGUGACAGAGAAGGAUAUGAAGGCCCUCGACGGGAAAACAGCAGCAUUCGAUGCGCUUAUCGACGAAAACGUGCUUGCCACCGCGACGAUUUGGCACGACAACAUGAUGCCUGCUUUCUUGGGCCUGGUGCGCGCCAGCUCUGUCACGAUUCGCAUGGUUGCUAUCCGUCACCUCAAGAUUAUCUUCGCGUCGUCUACUGUAGCUAGCGCUAUCAACCGCAACAUCCUCAUCUUUGGGAGUAUCUCGAGCAUGGGCGGUACUGCUACUGAGUCAUCAACGACGGAGCAGGUCCCUAUCAUCGAGUCGAUACUUAGCCUUCGUGGCGAUCCUCAGCAUCAGUAUGAGAGCCCACCUCCGCCGCCAUCGUCGCUAUUUGGAAUCGAGCUGCAUGGCUGUCCCGGUGUCCCGAUGAGUCGUCUGCGAGACAUGGUGUUGAACACGCAAGAGCCCGACGAGGUUCGUGUCAAUGCGCUGUUCUCCAUUAUCACGCAGGAUGAUGUGGAUUUCGUUCGCGGUCUGUUGGCAUUGCACGGUGAUGGUGACCGCAAGAAGCAAGGCGUGAGUGCCAGCUGCUUCAAUGACAUGUCCAGUCGCAUGAAGCUAGCGCUCGUGGAGUUGAUGUCCGUGUACCAGCCCAGUGGAUGCGUGGAUUUCAUCACGAUGAUGUCGUACGACGUGAUUUCAUCCAUGAUCUGUCUCGAAGUGAAGACAAACGAAAUGGCGUGGUUCUUGCUGCAGGACCCGUUCACUACACUAUCCCGCUUUAUCACCUCCGCAGAGGAGCUUGAAGUGGUCGUGGUAUCAUUGCUCAAGACCACGUUGGACAAGAUGAACGAAAUGCUCUCGGCUGAGAUGAAUCUGCGCAUUAACGAAGGCACGCCGUCGCGAGAGUCUAUUCUGUGGCGUAACGCUGAGAGUUUAGCAUCGCUUGCGGCUGCUGUGGUGCUUCACUACGACCCGGAUACGCUUGGCCAAGUUGAUCCUAGCAAGUUGGUGGGUGGGUCAAAUACGGAGGAUGUGACUCAGAGCUUGGUCUUUUGGAAGUGCGAGCGUGCGAUCUGGCACGAAGCCGAGCUGGUCGACUCAAUUCUCGGCAUCUGGCAGCACUUUGCGUCUCACUUCCACUCGGAUUCUGAUGCCAGCUUCGCGCGACGAUCCAGCAACGCCCACCGUCGUAAUAGCACACCUCCUCGUCAGAUGGACAGCGGACUGCAAAGUCCGCCAUCGUUGGGCUCUGCAGCUCGCUCCAGUGCUGGUACGAGUAUGCUUGGCUUUGGGUUUAAUCUGCUGCCAACUGGUGUUGUGCCCAGUGCUCCUGCAGCCAAUCCACCGCCAGCCCCGUUGUCAGGAGGGGGCAACAUUUCCGCUCGCCCUCAUCCUGGUGGACCAAUGCGACAGAUCCUGCAGCUGUUGCUACGUUGCUUGUACCUCGUUCUCAUCUCUGACGACCAGGAGGCUGCAGCCAGCAGUGAAGGCAGCGACAAUGACGAGCUCUCGUCGGUCAAGCUGCGACUUCCUGCCAACUCGGUGUUUUUCCAACGUAUCAACAAACUCGAGUACUUCAUCAACGCCAUGGGCUUAGGCCACGAGAUCGCGCAGUUUGACUCGUGCUUUGCACCUUCUCGCUCAGGUUCCAACGGUAUGACUACUACGGCUGGACUGGUCACUGCAAGCGAGUGCAUUAAGGCUGCUCCAGGUGACGAAACAACGCUCUUGCUAUGGCUGAUUCCAGAACUCUCGGCGCUGAUUGACCGCGUACGGAGAAAAUGCUGGUCAGAGUCAGCAGUGAAGCUAGCCAGCAUUUUGGCGUCGUUGGUGUCCGUACCCUUGCGUUCGUCCGACCAAUUGGCCGAUCUGCUUGCUCGAAAUGAUUUUAUCAUGAACAACCAAGAGGUACGUCGGCGCGAUUGCUUUUACCAUGAACAGAUGGCCCAUGCGCGCGAUAUCCGCGCUCUGCGUCGCGUUGGAAUGUUUGACGAGGAAGCGGAUGAAAAGAAUCGCGCCAAACUCGAGCUGGAGAGAAUCAGCAAAUUCACUCGCUCUUCGACUUCAUUGGGCGUUCCUUCUAGUAAUGGAGAGGACCACGUUUGGCUGGAACGUGUGAAGGCCAAGGACAUUGACGACUGGAUGAAACUUCGCGUGCUGGCCAAAUGGGGAGUCCGUCAUGUCUGGGGAGUGAAAGAAGAAGCCGUUGUGGAUGCUGUGGGCGAUGGAACGAUCAUCGGUCUCUGGGGUGACAACGAGUUCUGGCGUGUGGAUAUCUACACAUCGAGUAACUGGAUCCGUUGUCGUCUGCUCCCUGAUACAGAUGAUACGAUCUCGCAUAACUAUGGGGCGUCGAGUCUGAAGAACGAGAUGCUUAACAACAUGGCAGACGAAUUGACUAUGCCGCCAGUGGACUCUAUUGUUGUAGAUGAUGCGACUCUUGCUGCAUCAGGUGAUUCAACAGAACAGGCGCUUGAGGAGGAAGAUGACGACGAAGCUCACACCGUUAGCAGUGGCGGCGAUGGAGAAGGAUCGGACGGCGGAGAAAGCGAAGAGCCCGCCUAUGUCGGAUUGGCUCGACGUCUCAGCGACGUGGGUUAUAUGGACGACGACAGCAGUUCAACACAGCUUGAAGCUAGUGGCAGCGGCGAUGAUGUUCCACCUCGCUCGAUGCUGCGCGAUCGUAUGCACAGCAGCGAUAGUGUGGGCGAAAUUGUAGACACGUCUUCACGCCUGGAUGUUAUCGGGCAGAAUCCAGACCUUGCGCCGUUGGCACCGCCCCCGCCAGAAGUCAGUGACAACGUCACUCCCGUCAACGAGGACGACUCGCCCAUUCGAGAUCGUCGUGCUGUAUCCGUUGAUGUGGCAACCACAGUCAAGUCUGCAAAGGGACGUAUUGGUACGAUAUCCACGCGGUUCUCCUCUGGUAUUAAACGUCUCGCAGGUGCACGUCCGACGACUUUGUCAGGAUCAACGGGCGCUGAACUAUCUGGUUCUGGUUCCCACAGAAGUCUCUCGAAUGUGUCAGAAGAAGACGGUGACACGAACCCGCAGGACUCACCAGAUACAGCAGGAGAGGAAGGGUCUGCCUCAACAAGCAAAGAACCUACCAAAUCUUCUAGUCCUAAAGAACCAAGCUCAUCGGGUCCGUCGUCGCGAAUGAUGAAGAAGUUCCCAAGCAAGCACGACCACUGGAAAACGCUGGGGGCUCCGUACCGCACCAAGGCUUAUCUGGUGCUGCCGUCGGGUGUCUUGGUGCAUGGUGUGCUUCGUAUUGGAGCUGCUACCAUAGUCUUCGAGGGUGAACGUGUGGUGACAUUGCGUGGGAUCGCUGAGGCAUUUAAAUCCAACGAAGACGGAGGAGUCGCCGUUCGACAGCGCAAUGCACAGCGUCUACACGAGGCAUACGUGUCCCAAUUGAAGCGCCGUGUGUGGGGUGUUCGCGUGAUCCGCGUGAUUCACAGACGAAGGUUCCUUAUGGAAGGCCAGAACGGCCUUGAAAUAUACUUCGUGGAUGGCAGUUCGUGCUUCUUUGGGCUCGAAAGCAACGGAGAGGCUGACCUUGUGUACGCCACGCUCAGAGAGCGAAAACCCCCUUGUCUCGCGAAGUGGGGCAAACGGCUGUUGGCAGCAGACAGGAUGCUUGCUAAGAGCAAGUGGACUGAGAUGUGGGUUCGUCGUGAGAUCAGUAACUUCGAGUAUCUGAUGGCGCUCAACGUGUCAGCGGGUCGUUCGUACAACGAUCCUUCGCAGUACCCCAUCUUCCCGUGGGUGAUCAAGGACUACGAAUCUGCAGAGCUCCGCUUGGAUGACGAAGACAUUUAUCGCGACUUGCGUCGGCCCAUCGGAGCACAAACGCCCGAAGCUAUUCAGCGUGCGCGUGCAACGCACGAAGGUUGGGACCCAAAGACUCCCAUUCCAGCAUUCCACUAUGCGAACACGUAUUCGCAAAUGCAGUCCGUCCUGUACUUCUUGAUCCGACUCGCGCCGUUCACUGGGGCAGUUCUGGGCAGCGAGGAACAGCAGUUCCACCUCAAGGCUGCAGGCGAGCCUACGUUCGAUUCGGUAUCUGAGGCCUUCCGCAUGUGCACGAGUGAUGAGCGGCACAUGUUUGAGCUGACUCCAGAGUUCUUCUACUUGCCAGAGUUGUUCUCAAGUGCUCGCAACAAGACCCUAGCUCGACACUUCACACCAGGGCACGAUGUCAGUGCGACGGCAGGUCUAGCGCGUGAUGUUGCACUUCCUCCGUGGGCGGCGUCGCCGUAUGACUUCGUGCGACUUCACCGUUUGGCACUCGAGAGCGACUUCGUGUCCAGCAACCUGCACCACUGGAUCGAUCUUAUCUUCGGCUACAAGCAGACUGGAUCUGCGGCUGUGGAUGCAUUGAACUCGUAUCAUAUUGCGUGUUACCCGGAGCGUCUGGAUCUCAGCACCUCGAGCGAUGGUGUGCGUGCGAAGCUCGUUCAACGUGGUACCGUGCCGAUCCAGCUCUUCCGUAAGCCGCAUCCGGCACGUAUGACGCAGGAUGAAUCAUUAGAGGCACGAUACCCUGCCUCGCACAGCAUGGCCGUGCUGUCUUCGCGUCGACAAGUGCGUCGUCAUGAUCUGCCGUCCAAGCAUACCGCUGCUGUGAAGAGCGUGCGCUUUUCGAAUGCAUUGAAUCACGCUGUGGCGCUUACCGCACUUACUGGAUCUGGACCUGGACUAGGAAGUGGCACCGGCAUGGGAGCGCACAGUACCGGUAGCAAUGACCACGGAGUUGUUGUGUACACGACAGAUAGCGACGGUGUCGUCUUGGCCAAGCGCUAUCUGAACUCUGUGCCCGAUACGGUGCGUUUUUGCCCAUUCUCCAUGGUGGAUGUGGACCAAUGGUGGAAACUUCCUGCUGGAUGCCUUGUGAGCGAAGGUGUCGUGUUCUACGAGCAAAUGAUCAGUUGUGGCUACUGGGACGGUAGUUGGCGCAUCCAUUGGGCUGCAGAUGGCGAGCUCUUGCAGCGAAUUGCUUUCCAUAAGAAGCCUAUUCUGUGUAUGGCGCGCAGUGAAGACGACUUUACUGGCGAUUUGGCGCUGGCGUUUGGCAGUGAGGACUGCACAGUUUCAGUGUGGGCACUGUCCAAGCUCUCGGCUUCUCGCUCGCGACGUCUGUUCCUCAAGAAGGAGCUGCCUGUGGGUGGUCUGCCUUGGGUUUUGCUGGUCGGUCACACGAGUCCUGUGGUCGCUGUUGCUCUUAAUGUGGACUUGGAUGUGGUGGUCAGUGCAUCGAAGGACAACAUGCUCUUGCUGCACUCGCUGCGCGGUUCGACACCUCUUCACGCUCUGGCGCUCACACCUGGACCAAUGGAGACGUCUGCUGUCGCUCACAUGGUCAUUUCAGCGCAGGGAGACACGCUGGUUCACUCCAUCACAACUCACAAGAUCCAGCGAAGUGGACGCUUCUCUCGUGCGAAUUCACUCUUCUCGGAUGACAAGGCUCGACUCACGGUCGGCGAAUCUGGCAGUGGCAAUAGCAGUAUGGUGGCUGGUGGGUUGUCCAGUAGCGGGUACGUCGCAACGAAUGAUCAGCACGAAAAGCGGAAUGACGGCGCUGAGCAACAGUCCGAGCUGUACGUGGUGUCCAUUAAUGGUCACGUGGUAUCCCACGACAAGCUGGUCGUGAGAGCUGAGGGCGAAGAGGUUACUGAGGGUGAGGAUGAUAAACUUCAGGUGCCACAUUUGCUACUGGAACGCGGCGUGCUUUUUACGCGAUCGGGAGAGUAUCUUAUCACAGCAUGCGCUGGUGCAGACGCAGCGAUCGAAGUACGUGACGCUGGUAUACCUGGGUCUGUUGUUCGACGCAUUGAAUGCAAGAGAAUAGGGGCUGAACUCACGAGUCUGAGUAUGGGCCAAGACGAGCGAUGCAUCGUAUGCGGUUAUGCGGAUGGCGCGGUUGUAGCCUACGCUCUUCAUUUCGGUGUUGCUGAUGGUUGCAAGAGUCUGGUGGGACUGGAUAAGCAGGCACGCGAACGCGAGCGCGCUGCACUUGCGCAAGCCACGAAGCGCGACUUGCUGCGUAAUAAGAGACGGGAGGAGCUGAUACCUGCCUUUAUGCGUGGUAAUGGUGGCGCUGAGGGCACGUCUCUGUGGUCACGCCAGGGCAAGACAGGAAUGCCUGACGAGCCAUACAUUACGCACAUGCAGGAGCGGUUUGCCUUGCUGAAGCAGAAUUGCGUGAGUGGAGACGAGAAGUAUGAGGAGAAGCUUCGUGCUCUGUGGAACGCCAUCUACUCGCAACAUCCUUUCGAUAAGGAGAACGAAUCGUCCACUUCUGAGCAGCCUCAGUCUAUUGCAGAGGGCAACCUGUUGGACUUUGGCGAUGGUGAUCAGAAUGGUAAUGAUGAGGCUCCUAAUGCGACUCAGGAGCUGCAGUUUGAGCGCGUUGGAGAAUCGUGGAGUCGAUUGGGUUUCCAGCGUCCGGAUCCGACAACAGACUUCCGUGCUGGUGGCAUGUUGAGUCUGGAUUGUUUGGUGUACUUCGCAUCGCAUUACACUACACAAGCUGUGCGCAUGGUGACGAGCCAAGUGCCUGGUUCGCACGAUCACACGUACCCGUGGGGUCCUGCCGGCAUCAACGUGACGUGCAUGGUGGCACGUCUUUUCUGGAAGUUUGACGGCGAGCUUGUUCGUGAUCAGCAAGCCAACUGGCCCUUGUUCUACGACAACGAGGCUUUCCAACUGCUCUUUUCAGAGGUGUUCGUGUUGUUUGACUACCUUUGGAACGAGAUGAACGCAAACUACGGCAACUUCUCCAUGGUAAUUCAAGCUACAAGUGAUCGGAUCAUGGACGUACUGGAAGAGGCCCAGGGCGACAUUAACGUUAUUCUGAUGGAGUUACGUUCCCAGAGUUUGUCUGCUGUAGGCAAGCAGCGAAGAGCAUCGUCACGCUCGAUGGAGGACUUCCUGACUACUAUCAAUACGAACAUCACUGAUGCUUCGGCUGCAGUCAACGAGGGACUCACUGCCUCCGAUGGCUCUAGCUUUCGACCAGCUACACCUCCCAGCAAAUCGCCACGGUCUUCGUGGUCAUUUGCAAACCGUUUGAGCGGCGUCAUGGGCUCGUCAAGUUCGCAAUCCGCCGCCACAACUUCGCCCACAUCAGCUACCACGACAGUUAACGAGGCAUUUCUCCUUCCCGACGUAGGAGGAAGUGAACCACCCAAGGAAACUUCAGUUCCUACCACAGAUACAUUGAUACCUGAUGUCAACGACCCCUUCGCUGGCAACGAUAUCCGUGGAUUCGAAGAGAAGCCGCCGUCACCGCCUCCAGUACAGAGCGACGACCCCUUCGCGUGCUUGAUGUAA